UGCAAGUGUUAGAGUCUUGUGGUAGCAAUAAAAAUUUUAUUUUAGACAAUAACACAUGUUGUGUAAUUAAAGUCAAAUUAUGUAAGCAUUUCAUUCACCAUCAAAAAAGAAAUAUAAGUGAUAGCUGCUGUUAUAUGUAUAUGUACACAUACACACACAUACACACACAUACACACAUAUAUAUUCAUAUUUAUGGAGCUAUUUGUUGAGUCACUGAAAAGCUUUAAGAUGUUUGAAAAUAACAAAAUAAAAGUUCAAAGAUACUCAUACGAAAUUUGCAUGAGAUAUCUUAAAUUUUAUAACAGUUAAUCGAUAUGUAUGAAGAAUCUGAAAAUAAUUAUUUGGAAGGAGAUGUUGUAUGGGUAAAACUUGGAUCAUUUUGGUGGCCAGGACAAGUUAUAGGAUUAGAUAAAUUACCUGAAGAUGUUCAAAUUGAAUUUAAAAAAAAACCGAUUAUUGCAGCUGUAAAGUUUUUCCAAGAAGAUUCAUUUGAAUUUGUGAAGAAUUAUCAUCAGAUUUAUAAAUAUAACUGUGCUCAAAAAGAAGAUUUCAUAAAAAAAGGAUUAGAUAAAUUUAGAAUAAAAAGUAAAGAUCACUCAAAUUAUAUGAUAAAAUUUCCCAAAGAUGUGAAAACUGCUGAAAUUUUAACCAAUGGAGACCCAAACAUUUUAUCAAAACAAAAAUUUAAUCCAGAAGAGAAACCUGAUGUAUCUGGAUUGUUUGGAGAAAAGAAACUAUUAAGAAAAAAACGUAGCCAUGAAGAAAUGAUAAGAAAAAGUAAUAAUUUUAUGAAGCCUAAUAUAACUCAUCAGCGAUUUAUUAAAGAAAAUGAUCAUGAAAUUCGAAUCAGGAAGCAGCCAGUUAAUCAAUUGUUAACAUCUAAUAAUAUUCCUCAAGGAAUCUAUCCAUGUGAGUUGUGUGGGUUCACUGCAACUCGGGUUAAUGUGAUAAUCUGUCAUUUAAAAAGUCAUAGAUUAAAUGGUCAAACAGAUACAACAAAAAAAAAGGAAAAGACUAACGAAGUCAGAUCACAUAAAAUAAAUUCACCGAAAAGAAAGUACAUUCAAAAAUCAAUUACUAAAAAUGAAAUAUCCAGAUUAAGUAAACGUAAGCAACCUAAGACAAUGGAAAGUGUUAUGAAAAAAAAAAAAUUAGAUCCAGAAUUAAGAGAAAAGUUAUUGGCAGAUUGGAAUGUAGAGUCUGAUGAAGAUGAUGUAUCAGAAAUUACAAAAUCAAUAGAGGUUUCUACAGAUAAUUUUUUUGAGAAAGAAUCUAAUCAAAGUAUUAUAAGUAAUACAGAAAAUUCCAAAAUUGAAUAUGAUAAUGUAGAUCUUUUACAUGAGUCAAAUAAAUUGCUAAAGGAAACUGAUAAUUUUUUAAGAUUCUCUAUAGAACAAAAUAAUGCUUCUAACCCAGAUACAAAUGAUAAUCAAGAACAAGACAUAGAAAUCUUAGAUCAAAUCUUACCUGUUGAGAAUAAAGAAAGUUUAAACUUCCAAAAAACUUUGUUACAAAACUCUUGUCCAGAAAAUGAGAAUAAAAGAUCUCAACUGUCAUGUUUUGAUUUUGAAGAAGACGAUAUACCUGAAACAAAUGCAUCAAAUAUGAAAAAGAUUGCAAGAGGUAAUAAAAUUAUGUCAAUCAAAAAAGAAAUCAUAAAAGAGUUUGAAUUAGGCCAUGCCUCAAAAAAAGUGAAGGCUUUUGAAAAUGCCAAUGAUGAACUGGACUUGAAUACACAAGAUAUUCAUUCAUCACUUAGUAAAAAAAAAGAAAUCAAAUUUAAGAAUGAAAAUAAUACAAGUAUGAUAAAUUCGACCAAAUUACCACAGCUUAUUGAAACACAAGUUGAAAUAGUAGAGAUAUUAGAAAUUCAAAAGGAAUAUGAAGAACAAAAUAUGAAAAUUGAACAUAUAACAGAGCAGAAUAAGAAUACAAAAAAAGAUGAAAAUAAAAAAUUAAAUUAUAAAGAUGAAUCUAUUUUGAAAAUGGAAAAUUCUGAAAAUUUUAAUGAAGAUAAUUUCAUAAAAGAAAAGAACACUAUUGAAGUACAAAGUUUUUUAGGAAAUUGUGAAAGAAACAUUUCUAAUCUUUUAAAUAGAGAUAAUGAAUGCAGCAAUAGUUGUAGCAAAGAACAAUCAUCUUUAGUUAAAUCUAUUUGUGAUAGAAAAACACAUUCUGAUAUACAAACACAUGACAAUGUGGCUCUAUGUCUUAAAGAUGAUUUGAAUAUUAUUGUUAAAAAAAGAUGUAGGAAACCUAAAAAAAUCUUGAAAGUUAACAAUACUACAUUUGAUUCUCUUCCAGAUUGUGCUUCUAAAAAAUAUAAUCAGAAACAAAACAGUUCAUCUGCUCGUGUGGUGGAUUCUACAAAUAAUGAGAUACAAAAUACUGAUAAAUUGUUACCUGAAACUUAUAUAACAAUUAAUGAUCAAAGUGAAGAAAGUAAUAAAUUGCAAGCUAAUACUGUUGAAAACAAUAAAAAUGUUCAAGAAGAUUCUAUACAAAAUUACACCAGUGUUACAGAACAGAAGUCAACAAAAAAUGAUUUACACAAUAGUUUUAAUUCGUUAACAAUUAAGAAAAAUGAAAAAAAUGGCAAUGACGGUAUAUCUAAUGUUUCCAUUGAUGACUUUAAAAAAUUUGAAAAACAAACAAGUAUUCUUGACAAGGAAUCAACGAAAAUUAGUAAAAUUAAUAAUAUAGAAUUAUUACCAUCAGAAACAAUACAAAUUAAGCAAAUUGAUUGUGUGACAACUGAAAUAGUUGAAAGAAAUAAUAAUGCUGAAUUAAAUAUGGUGGGAAUCGUAAAUGAGGUUACUUUGCAGAUAGAAAAUAUUUCUGCAAAAGAUGAUUUUACUUCAUUAUCACUAUCUGAUAAUAAUGAAAAAUUAUGUAAAUCAAAGGAAGAAAUCCAAAACGGUAAGAAACAAAAGUUAAAAAAUUUUAAUGAAAUUUAUACUGUACUGACUAAUAACAAAUUGCCAUUUGUAGAAUUAGAGCUAAAUCUUGAAAAUUCGGAAAGUCGUUCUUCAAAUUCUUUAAAUUUAGAGAAAGAUGAUUGUAGUGAUAAUGAAAAUAAUUCUCAGCAAGGGAUAACUUGUUCAAAUGUUAAUGAAAGUGUUCUAAAAAUUCAAGAACCCAAUGGAAAUUGUUUGAACGAUAACACUGUGCAUGUAACAAAAACUUUUUUUGCCUUUCCAAAUUUGAAUACAAAUUUGCCAGUUACAUCUACAGAGUUGAAAAGCUCGUAUAAUAUAAAAGGUUUUGAUGAUACAAGAGAGAAAACAAGUGAAAAUCAAUUACUAAUGGAAGAUAAAAUGCUUAAUCAAUCUGCACACACUACUCAUCAAACCUCUGAAAUUAGUAACUCAAGUUCAUUUGAUGAAACAAAAAGUUUAUUAAUAAUAUCUGAUAUAGAUGUAAAGCAGUCUAGUAGUUUAUCCGUUGUAACAUCUUCAUCAGUACUGGCUGACGAUAAAACUAUUAUGCCUGUUAAAAAACGAGAAAAGCCAAGAAUUAUUGAAAAUGUUGCAUUAAAGGAGCCUAUGAUAUUAAAAACUAAAAUAACAGAAAAACAUUUACGAAAUUUUAGAAAGCAUAAAUUCCAAAUAGACAAUUACAAAUCAGAUGCAAUCCAAAGCAAUUCUAAAUCAGUAGUCACUAAGGCAGAAAAUGUAAUACUUAGUACUGAGGAUGAAUUAUCUACUACAAGUAUUAAUAAAAUUGUCACACCAACUAAUACAAUCAACAAAGUCAAAAUAUUUCAAACAGGGGACAGUUCACUUGCAAGGCUAAAAAAAAGUAUAAAAAAUAAAUCAUUGAUUCCAACUUCAGCUGAAGCAUCAAAAUUGAUAUAUUCGCAUAAAUAUAUACAGCAAAAUACUAGAAAUCUAGUAGGAGUAGAUUUAAAUAUAGAUUCAAUGCCCCUUGUGUUGAGUAAAGAUGUGUUAACACCAGAAAGUAUUGAACACAUUCCUGUAGUGAUGUCGACAGCAUCUUUCGUAACAUCAGCAAAACAAAAAGAUAACUUAAAGUUAUGUACAAAUGAUUCAAAAGAAACUAAUUUAAGUAUAAAAAAAAAAAGUGGCACUCCCACAAUUUUAAAGAGUAAAAACAAGGUUAAACCAAUGAUCACUAGUAUAAAAACUAUAAUGCCUCCUUUAACUUCUACAGCUUCUAAAGGAGGUCACAGGAUCAAUACUCAGACUCACAAGUCGUCAUUAGGUGAUCAAAAAGUUUUUGGGAAGUAUGUAAUUGUUCAGAUCUCUGGAAGUCAACAAGCGUACAGUACAGAUCAAAUGACAAUACCUACAUGUAAAGAUUCUGGAAAUGCACAAAUUGUUCAACAAGGAGGAAAAGUAGUAAUUUUAACAUCUCCUCAGUCACCGAGUCAGAAAAUUUUACCUAUUAGUAGUAUCAAAGCACUAAGUAGUGGAGGUGUAAAAAAAAUGAUAAUACCUCAACAUCCUCAACAAAUGGGUUAUAACUUAACUCCAAAUGCUUUGGAAACAACUGAUCAAAAAUCAAUUCCACAAAAUAUGAUAUCAAAAAGUUUUUUGAUGCAGUGUUCUAGUACUGUUACUAAAUCUGGGAUAAAUACAUCAUUUCAAAAUGCUACUACAAGAAACAAUUUUACUGAAACUAAUGCAAUUAGUUCCUCAAACAAAGUAUCUAUUAGUUCUAAAAGGUUUUUUUCUCAAAAAAUGGAUAUAUUUAAAGAUAAGCCAUCUAAAAUAAUUAAAUCUUUUCCUACUGGAGCCCUCAUACCGUCACAAGGGCUUGUUUCUAAAGGAACAGUUUUAACUCCUAUUACUGGUUCACAAGUGAAAGCACUUGCUGCAAGAAAUAUGAAAUCAAAUAAGAAACAACCUCAAUCUGUUGAAAUAAAAACAACAUCAGAAACAAUUCAUAAAAGCCAGAAAAUUUCAUCCCCAUCAAAUUUAUGCCACAGUGACUCAAAUAUAUCACGUAAUAUGAUCGUGCUACGUCAGAAUAAAAAUAAACAAAUAUUUACAUCGGAUAAGAGUACAGUUGAAGAAGUUACAGAUAAUCAAUCUAUUACAGCACAAACUUCAUCACAAUUUUCUGUAAACAUACAUAAAAAAAGCAAAAUUUUACAAUCAAAUUUUGAACAAAAAAAUGAUGAAAAAAAUGUUAAUUAUUCAGCUACACUACAACAAAGUUUACCAAUAGAGAAAAAUGAAAAAAUUUUUCAGCAUAAAGUAUUGAAGGAUAAUUAUAUAAAAAAUGUUAAUACAGAGUUAAAUAAAAAACUUGAUCAUGUAUUAAUUACUAGUAAUGUGGUGACAAGCAAAGAUUUAGAAAAAAAAACUUUAAGUACUGUACAUAAAUCAUCGGCAAUGUCAAUUUCCACUACAUUAUCUUCUAUAAUAGAUAUUCCAAAAGUGCAUCACGAUCAAUCAGAAUCAGAAAAAGUACCUCAUGAAAAUUUCAUUUCAAAACCACUUACUUCAAAACAAAAUAAUGAGCAGGCAAACACAAAAAAUAUUUUGGUUAGUAACGAAGAAAAUAUAGAGAAACAGAAAAAUUUUUCAGAAACUCAAGUUGUUGCUUUAUCUGCAGAUAAUAGUUGUAGUUCACAAGCAUAUGUUUUAGUUACAGUUGAUGAACAAGGUAAUAUUUUUUCAAUAGACAAUAAUACUCUUAUGUCAAUAGAUGCAAUAUCAAAUGAAAAAAGUAGAGCUUUAUAUAUCGAUACCAAUUCUUUAAAUGAGUCAGAAAAUGUAAAUAAUAUUAUUUUACAAAUUGAAAAUGGAUCUCUAACUAAUUUGGAAUCUAAUUCCGAGGAACCUCCUCAAGUAGCAAUGGAAAAAACUUUUCCAGUAUCAGAUAUUCCUCAAACUACAAAUCAUGAUAUUUUAGCAGCUGCACUUGCCAAUACAGAUUUUCACCAAGAAAUUGGAAUGACAAAUACAUCUUUGUCUAUUAGUAAUUUUACCCAAACUAGCUUGAUCAAUCAGACAAUCUUACAAUCAACUAUUGUACCACCUACUGAACCAAUAUCUUCUCCACUGGUGUUAGAAACCUCUUUAACUCUCAAUCAACCUAUUAUGACUCCUUUGGAGAUACCAAGUAAUUUACCCAAUCAAUCUGAAUUAGCAAUUCCUGCAACUAAAACUACGUUGUACUCAAAUGAAUUGAAUACUACUGUUAAAGAAUUAUCUACACAAAUGUCUGGAUUUUCUGUGCUAAUUAAUAAAAAUGAAGACACUGCAUCUACCAGUCAAUUAGAAAAUAAAACAUUAUUAAAUGUACAAUGUGACGUUAAUAUCUCCAGUAACAUGUGUAAUAAAAAAGAUGAAAAUAUAUCAAGAUUAUUAGCAGAUUCUUCGUGUCCUACUUCAGAAGAAAUAAAUUAUAAUAAAAACCAAGCAACAUCUUCAGUGACAUUAAUUGAUGAAGCACUAACAACUAAUAAUUUAUGUAAUUCUUCAAAAACAUUAAUCAUUGCUCAAGAAAAUGACGAAAAUAAUAAAUUACAGAAUAAUGAGGAUCAAGUACAUUUUACUGAUGCUUCAAUCUUUCCAUCCAAUGCAUCUUUACAAACUGUUGAAUCGGGCAAGUCUGGACCAAUUGUGGAUGACACACAAAAUACGUUUUCAACAUCUAAAAAUAAUUUUAAUCAUAGAUCAGCAAAUUUUAAUGUGAAUGCUUUUCAUAAUUCUACAAAAUGUAUAAAUCAAUUGAUUUAUACAAGUCAGGCAUGUAAGACUGUACAAAAAAGUACAAAAGUAUUUCCAUCAACUAACAGUAUAAAGUCCGAACUGACACAAAAUGUAGACUUAUUAAAUGCUAAUAAUAAUACUAAUGAGGAUAUAUUAAUUAUAAGGAAGUCUAUUACGCCUUUCGAAAAACUGCAAUCAACUUCGUCUGAAAAACUGUGUUCUCGAAAUGGAACAAAUGAUAUAUUUGACUCAGAGAUCGAAAUGUCCAAUAAAUCAAUUGAGGACAAAUUGAUUACAGUUACUAAUAGUCAAGAACAUAAAUACAAACAACUAGCUGAAAAACAAAAGUAUCAUCUUACAACAAUAAUUCAGGAAGAAAAAUCAGAUCACGAUAAAAAUAAGCUUGUUGGAGACAAAAACUCUGAAGAAAUAAUUUCUUCCAAGUCGUAUAAUCAAAAUUUAAUAUCUACUCAUAAUGCACAAUCUAAUUUACAAAAAAUUACACAUCCUGUAAACCACGAGUUUGUAGAAACUGAUAAUACUAUCUUAAUUGAAAAGCCAGGGACUAAAAUUGAUCAAAAUGUUGAAGUUCUAAAAUCUCCAACUCCGAUCAUGCAGUCGUAUAAGUGCUUGCAUGAAAUUGAUACAAUUAAUCAUGUUCCCAAAAUAUCUACAUUCACAAAAGUUGAAAUGCCUUCAGAAGAAAAUAAUUUUAAAUAUAAUUAUGUAUCUGCCUUUUCAACGCAAAAUUUUGAAAAUAUUAAGACAGAUAAUUCAUUUGUAGAAAUCAAUACCGAAGUGGAAUCUACUCAGGAUGAAGUAAAUAAGCCUCGGCAAGAGAGUGAAAUAAAUGUUAAUAUUAUUGGCACGGUUUUAGCAUUGAAUAGUAACCCGGGACUCAAUGAAGAUGAAAUGGCAAGCUCAUCUUAUGUGCCCGAGACACCAGAAAAUCAAGAAAGAGACCAAGAUCAAGAGAGCGCCAUAAGUACUUCAUCUUACGAGAUUCUACCCUGUGAGGAAUUGAACAUUGUACAAUCAAACUUAACACCAGACACAUCAAUGCACGGGGACUUCUCGAACAUAGAUAAUAAUAUUAUAAUUGAUAUGCCUGAUAUGUCGGAGAUUGUAGAUUUGCCAAAUUCGUCUUGCAGUCUUCAUUCCGAUUCGAGUAUAGUCGGUGCAGAAUUGACAUCAGCAUCAAUUUUUAAUGAUGUAAUGAAUACAGAGUCAACGUCUAUAACAAAUGUGUCGGCGAAAAUAGAUUCUCAUACAGCUACAUCAACUUCACCAAGAGUUUCUCUAAAUUACUUAAAAUUGAAUAAAAAAGAAAUAACACCUAGCGUUUCACAGUCGGAUCUAGAACAAGAGUAUUAUGAAGCAAAAUCCAAAGAACAGUCAAACAACAGUUACUAUUCCAAUGAUUUCAAUGCUCGUUUGAUUUCAAACUCAGAAAAUAUAAAUCUUCAAAGUCAUGAGACAACAUCAAAAUUAUAUCGAGGAACAUCUAUAUUUGAUAAGCAAUGUUUGGAAGAAGGACCAGAAUUUAAUUUAUCUUAUGUAGAUUCUUAUUCUGCAAAUUAUGCAACGACCUCAUCAUCUCCAGAAAGGCAUAACUUAGAAGACAUCUCAAGUGCAACCAAGUCAACGGAUAGAUAAUAAAAAUAAUUCCAAAUUUUCAAUAAACUUUGCUCAUAGCACGAUUGCUCCCUAAAAAUUCAUUACAAAAAAAUGGAAAUUUUAAUCGUUAAUGCAUCUGAAUUAAGCAGUCGUUUUUAAAUGUAUAUAUAGUAGAUUAGUUCAUAUAGUUAUUUUGAUAUUACGUAUAGAUUACUAUGAUUUAUAACCAAGUUUAUAAAUAACUUUUAAUUAGAAUAACAUUUAAUCUACAUGUUUUACUUUAAGUUUCUAUUUUAUUUAUCUUGCAAAGGAUUUACAUCCCUUUGAAAAAUAAAAAGCUCAAUACAAAAUUGUUAUUAAAGUUGAUUAACCAAAAAUAAUAAACGAUUUCUCAUAUAGUCUAAUACUUAUCUUUAAUCUUAAGAAAUUUUUAAAAUAGGCAUAAUGAGAUAUUUCUAGUUCGUUUUCUCUUUCAACGUAUUUAUUCGCACCGACUAUGGUAGUAUCGUAAUUGAUUAUAAACCGGUUGCGCUUGGCCACCUCAAAUUAACGUCGAUUGACCUAGUGUCGAACCACUUACGAAGACUAUGGGGUUCAUUCUUUCCCUUACUGACAAUAUUAAAAAGUUAGAUGGUGGUGGAUCGUAUUAUAAAUUAAACAGGUUAGUUUAUAUUAUGGGGUUUAUAUUCUAUCGAGAAAGCAAGGAGAAGAUCAGCGGUUAUCAAGGAUUGUUGAUCAAAUCCGAUUUCUUUUUCUACGUGCAUAUUUAUGUAGAGUCAAUCAACCUAUUUAAAAUGCAUAUUAUAAUAAGAUUAGUAUUAUAACAAUAGGAAAUGUGAAGUAUGGAAGUUAAUCAAAUAAAACUUGAGUAUAGAAUGUAGGUUUGGCUUAUUUUCUGUUCAUUUCUACUAAGUAAGAAAAUUGGGAUCUUCAGUUUUAGAAAAAAGCGUGCAUAAAAU